AUGACGCUCUCUGUGCCUGAUCAGCUUGCUCAACUCGAAGCUGCGCGUCAAAUCGUCCUCGCGGAUGCCGGUCUCUACCCUCAAAUCGUACAAGGUAUCCUGCCCAUCGUUGGGGCAAAUGCUCGACUCGAGCUACGAAGAUGGGGUGCUGAGUUCCUUGCCGAGACCUUUGCUAGCCCUACAUUUGCAUCGUACCAGAAGGAGAAUUCGGCUGUUGGGGUUCUCCAAAUACUGAAGGAUUUGCUGGAGAAACCGUCGGAGGAUGCUGCAGUGGUCAAGAGUGUCGUGCAGACUGCAGCAAGCAUAUACUGCCUAGUGUUCCGCUACAUCAUUGCGAACCCGCACGAUGUGCCAGUAUGGAAUCAAAUGGCAUCGAUCAAGUCGAAUAUAUUGAAGAGAUGGGACACUGCUGCUACGGGAGUCCGAAUAUGCUGCAUCAAGUUUGUACAAAAGGUCGUCCAGGUGCAGACACCAGGUGUAAUCGCAGACCCAAGGCGUCCGGAUCAGAACGAGGUCUCCAUUGCUUUAGUCCCGCGAGAUCAUCCAUUGAUACCACCCCCAAGACUGGAGCCUGAAGCAUCAGGACUGCUGGAUAGACUUCUCAAUGCGUUCAACGAGGACAAGAGUGAUGCCGUUCUUAUCAACGCAACCCUCAAUUGCCUUGGCACACUCCUCCGCACUCGCCAGUCCAUUGCCAACAAAAUCAUUUCCGCAAUCUUGACCUUCAAUCCAAUGAAACAAGCCAACUCGCCCAUGACUCCCAAAGUCAGGGUCCAGAUCAAGUCUAUGGAGCGUACGACAAGGGCGUUGCUUAUGAAUGUUCUCCGAAGAAAUGAGAACGGUCCAUUUGUAGAUCGAAUUAAGGCUUACGUGGACCGUCUUGCGCGAAUUCGCUUGGAUGUCUUUGAUGAAGGAAGUCGGAAGAGAGGACUGCCUAGCGAACCCACUGACGGUCUCGAUAAUAACAAACGACGACGUCUCGGAGCGGAAUUGCUUGAGCGGCCAGAGCCUGAACCUCUCCCACCUGGUCCCGUUAGUCUCGGUCAGCUGUUCACACUGACAAAGGAUCCGGCUCUGGCAACUUUCGACGUAACAUCACUGACCCUAGAUAUAAUGGUCAGGAUCAUCCCACCAGUCCUCGUGCGCAUUGAUCAACAAGCUCUGGACCAAGCUCUGAACCACGUCCGAGCUCGCUACCUAUCGCUUACCAAGCCACCACCACAAGCUCUUGGCGACGAUGAAGAGGAUUAUGAGCCUGACUUUGAGCCCAGCGAGGAUAGAGAGCAAAUCAUCAACAAAGCAGAUGCUCUACCACCUGAAGACCCGCUGCAGUCUCCCUCGGAAGUUGCUCUUGGGCCGUUCAAGCUUCCGCAACCUCCGCCCUUAACCGCUGAGGAUACCAUGCAAAUAGGGAAAGGGACCAUCAGCCGGGUUUUUAGCAUGAUGAAUGUUCUAGAAGAAGCUCCUUUAGCCAAGAAGCAGAGAUCGGGGUUGAACAGGCUGGCGGGAAGUAGUUACGACAAAGAGGCUUGGACCACGGUCAUCACAAGACUGGCGACACGCGCUUCUGCUGGGCUAGAUGAUGACAGCAGUGAAGACGAUGACUCUAAAACAAUGGUCGAGAAACAGGUGGCAGGUUCCAGCUUGAGCGAUGGGAUCCGGCAAACACUUUGGAAGUUCAUCAUCGAGGACUUUCGGACCAGGAUACCGGUAGCAAUUGCAUGGCUGAAUGAAGAAUGGUAUAAUGACCGAAUACAGAAACAAAGCAGGGAGCAGCAGAACGACGGAGUGACUCUGCCAAAGCCAAAGCAGCACUACGGGAAAUGGAUGCUCAGGGUUCUAGACGGGAUUGUGCCAUACUUGGAUGCGAAGGAUAAGCACUUGAUCAAGUUCCUGUCAGAGAUCCCAGAAAUCAACGCAAAUGUGCUGGGCCGUGUCAAAGGGCUCGCGAGGGAUCCGGAGAGAGUUCAAUUGGCGGUGAACUCCCUACUCUACUUGAUACUGAUGAAACCACCAGCCCGUGACAUAGCUAUUGAUGCGCUAGAGGAUCUGUGGCGGAACUACGAUGACGCCAAAGCUCCUACCGCGAAGCAUCUUGCAAAGUGGCGGCCACAAGUCUUAGCUUCAGAGAGAAAGCCGAGCCCAGCCCCAGCUCCAAAUGGCGUACAACAUCCCAAAGAGUCAAAACCCACACCUUCGUCUGCACCUUCCCCGCCCGUUGAAGUCGAGGGCGAGCAGAUGAAGAACAGCCAAGCAGGCCAAGUCGUGGCAGCAGCUGGAUAA